AUGGAGCCGUUGCGUGACCCCAAUCCAACAGCCGCACACACCGCAGCGAUGGCCGCUCACAUCCUGGAAAGUUCUGGUCGCAUCCCCUACCUACUUUGGGGCCAUUUAGCUGUGCGACUGGCCGGUGGCCGCGACUUGAGUAGCCCACACCUACCCGACAAUGAAUGUUCCUUCGUUGUAGACGAUGCCGAUCUGACACGGGCUGUUCGGGUCCUGAUGUCUGGCGGAUUCCUUGAGUGCACGCUUCGAUGGCACUGUCGCUACCGUCUCGGUAGCCCGGGCGCGCGACUGACAUACGACGCUCACCUGCACACAUCUGAACGCGAUGAGCACGACACCGGCCUUUUGCUCUAUAACCAGUCCCGCAUCAUCCCCGAUCUGAACGGAGCGAUGAUCCCCGGGCCUCCAAGUCCACACGGGCCUCUGGUGCCGUACAUGUUCUCCAGCGAUCCGAACACCGUCCCUCCACGUAAUGGGGACCGGGGUAGUGGGUACUGGCGCGGGUUGUGGCCAGUGCGCGCUCUAAAACCGAGCGUGCUGACUGUGGCGCUGCUGGACUGUAUCCUCCGGGACUUUGCAACUCAGAGGGGCCUAAUCCUCGAAGAAUGGCUCGCGCUGCUCGUGCGGGUGAUAGAACCGGCCUAUCCCCCAACGAUGAGGCUGCCACCGCGCUAUCGCGCCCUGUGGAGGGCGUGUAACUCCCGAGUGGUCGAGGACGAGUGGCAAACGACCUUUCUGGCGCAGCUGGUGUGCAGGAACUACGAGUACAUCCCGCACCCGGAUGAUGAGGAGGAGAACGACGCCGAUGUAGCCCGGAGAGCAGACUUUAUGGUUUCCAGAACGCAGUUUGUCAACGACGGUAGAUGGCUGUGA